AUGAGGGCAUUUAGCUCACGCGACCGGGUUCCAAUAGCAUACCAUUGUGAAACAAUAGCAUACGAGUACCAUCGUGAAAAACACAGGCGCAGCUUUUUUCAAGGAAGUGAUGGUAUCAUAUCAACUAAGGGUGAAAAAUGGGGCUCAUUUCGUUCAGCAAUCAAUCCAGUUUUAAUGCAUCCGAAAAAGGCUAAAAUUUACUUACCAAAGAUGUGUAAAAUUAAUACCGAAUUCGGAGAAAGAAUUGGGGAAAUACCAGAUCCGAAGACACUUAAAGUUCCAGAAGCUUUUGAAGAUGAAAUAAAUCGCUGGACAUUAGAAUCAAUUUCCAUGGUAGCGCACGAUCAACAACUGGGUCUAAUUAAUCCAAUGAAUCGAAAAAAUCCUGUUACAAAGAAACUUUUUGUUACAUUGAUUGAGUUUUUUUUCGUUAACGGGGGAGAUUCAAUUUUAGCCACAAAUUUGGAAAUAUGUUAA